AUGGCUUCCUUCCUCUUAAAUUCUCUCCCCGCGACGACGACGACGACGAGAGGCGCCCCACGUUUUGCAGCAAAAAGUGGUGGGAGUCGAAGAAGACGAGUUGUAUCUCGAUCAUCAUCAUCAUCACAAAAUUCGUCGUCAAAAUCGUCAACGUUUUUUACCGAACACAUUAACGACGACUUUGACGGUUCGUCAACCACGAUAACGAGUCGCGAUGAUGAACGACGACAACAACAACAACAACAAAGAAGGCAAUUCCUCCCACCGAAAGAAGUUUUGCAAUCCAUUUACGUCCCGGAAUCUCUGGCGGAAAUAAGAGCGUACGUGAGAUGGGAAGAGUUCGGGAAACCGGAAGAAACGACGGCGGAAUGGCAAGCGAGCGAAUAUAAAAACGCAGUUUUGGAUUUGAAACUCGAUUUACUCUCCGGGAUGACUCUGAACGAUAUUCGACGCAGAUACGGCGUCGAACCGGUGGACGGAGACGACGACGAGUUACCCAUGUUUACCAUGGACGAAGAGCUGGAGAAACGGAUGAAGUUGGCAGAGGCGAUGACGAGAGUCGAGAAGGUUGGGAAGAUGAGUCUCGUGGAGGAGGAUUCCGCGAGUCCGGUCAGGUACGGGGACGCGAUGGUGGACUCGUCGUCGUCGUCUGUGGUGGAUGAGUUCAUCAAGCCGUUACCUACUUCUCCUUUAUCAUCAUCAGUUAUUGACCACGUAGUUUCUGCGGAAGAGAUGACGGAAGAGGAGCGCGAGAUGAUGGAGGAGGAAGCGACGGUGGUCGACCGAGCGGCUCUGUCCAUCGAAUACGAAGCAGAGGACGAAGAAGAAGAGGAGAGAGCGGUGUUGACGGAAGCCGAGGAGGACUUUUUACAAGAGUUGCAAGCGUCGACGACGUUUGAUGCGGACGAUUUUCUUCCGAUGACGGAGGAGAAGAAGAAGAAGAGCGAAGAAGAAGAGAAAAACUUGGGUGUUUUAGCAGAAGACGAAGAAGAAAAAGUAGAAGAAGAAAAGAAGCGCCAAAAAGCCAUCGCGAGCGAGCUCGUGUUGAACUUGAAGGUGGAAGUGGACAAGUACAAGCAAUCCGCGGAAUCGCUCAAAACGCAAAUGCUCGAAGCGACGGAGAAAGCGGAAAAGGCUUCUUCUGAGUUUGAUUCCAUGAAGGAGCAAAGAAACCGAUUGGCGCGAGAAUUAUCCGAACUCGAACUCGAAACCGCCGCGAAAGACGACGAGAUUAAAGAGCUGAACGAGUUUCUCGUGUCUUCAGAAAAAGACUUCAAGCAAUCCAAAAUGGAAGAACUUCAAAGUUUGCGCGAGUCUUUGGAGCAAAUGAAGGAGGAGAAGAAAGCGGCGGAGGUUUUAGCGAGAGCGUAUAAGCAAGAUUUCGUCCAAGAAAGAGAACUGAACGCAAAGUUCCGCGAGGAGAAGAACCAGAUGAUGGAGGAAAAGACAAAGAGCGAACGAGAAUUGCGAGCGGCUGCGAAUGAAUCCGAAAUGAAGCUUUCCGCAGCGAUGCGCGAGAACGCCGAGUUGAAGAAAAUCUGGGAUAGCGACCGCAAAGUUAUUGAGAUUUUGACCAAAAAAUUGGACGAAAUGUCCGAGAAGCCCGGGUUGGGCGCCGCCAUCGUCAACACCUACUCCACCGUCAAAACGGUCAUUCCAAAGUACUCCUCGGUCAUUGCGAGCACGACCAUGAACACGACCAAAGGUGUAGUUUCCAAAACGACGGAUAUUUCCGGUAAAUUCUUCUCCGCCGUGAAGACAAAACUCGAGAAAAUCAAAGAGGACGAGUUGGCGCUCAUGGACGAAGAGGAAGACGACGACGAAUUCGAAGACAGCGACGUUCGAACGGGCAUUUUUUUGUGA